CCCGUACCACAAAUUAAUUAUGCAAAUACCGCUCCCGGCCCUUCAAUUUGACAUUCUCAUUCAAUUUAGUUCAUACCAUUGUAAAUUAAAACGUUUUAAUGUUAUAACGUAGUUUAAUGGUUUCGUAACUCAUUUCUGUCAAGUAUAUUAAGCUCUCUAAUAAAAAAUUAUCGACAAGUCCUAUAUCCUGCUAUAUCUGCAUAUGUUUUCCUUCAUUGACUUAACAUUAUUCGGCGCGAGCAUAUAUGGUCCCCUGAAUUCGUUGAUAAACAAUCAGGGACUUUGUUGAUUUUUUAUUUUUUUUUUCAAAAAAGCAAUGACUAAAUCGAAUGAAGAAUCAAAUUGAGUGACCAUUGAGAUAUUUUAUUUUGUUUAUAAAUAUCCCUCCAAUAGUAGUCAUCAGAUUAUUAGUCUUGUCCUUCCAAAGAUUCCACAAUCAAAAAGAAAACAAAGGCUGCAAAAAAAAAAAAAUGGAGAUGAAUGGAACAGGAAAUGACCAUGAAGAAAAAACUGCAAGAACUGAUCAUCAACAAGAAGAAUAUGCAGAAUCAUCAUCAAGUCUGCAGAAGAGAAAAACUACAUACAACAAUGAUUUAAAAGAAGAAGAAGAGAUAUCAGUGGAGAAGAUAUUUGAGAACACAGAAGUUCCAUCAUGGAAGAAACAGCUAACGGUGAGGGCAUUCGUGGUGAGUUUCGUGAUGUCGGUGAUGUUCAGCUUCAUCGUGAUGAAGCUCAACCUCACGACUGGGAUUAUUCCGUCACUCAAUGUCUCAGCUGGGCUUCUGGGAUUCUUCUUCGUGAAAACUUGGACUCGUUUGCUCCAGAAAUCGGGUGUUUUGAAGCAGCCUUUUACCCGACAAGAAAACACUGUUAUUCAGACUUGUGUUGUUGCUUCCUCUGGCAUUGCAUUCAGUGGAGGGUUUGGCAGCUACUUAUACGCAAUGAGUGAACGUGUUGUGUCACAAUCGGAAGAAGGCAAAACAGAUAUUUCUUACAAGAAUCCAACUAUAAGUUGGAUGAUUGGGUUUCUCUUUGUAGUUAGCUUCCUUGGCCUCUUCUCAGUUGUGCCUCUAAGAAAGAUAAUGGUUAUAGACUUCAAAUUGACCUAUCCUAGUGGCACUGCAACAGCACAUCUGAUUAACAGCUUCCAUACUCCAGAAGGGGCUAAGCUAGCUAAGAAACAGGUGAGGACUUUGGGAAAGUUCUUUUCCUUCAGCUUCUUAUGGGGUUUCUUUCAAUGGUUCUUUACUGCUGGUGAUGACUGUGGAUUUGAAAGCUUCCCAACAUUUGGUUUAAAAGCAUAUCAGAACAAGUUUUUCUUCGAUUUUUCUGCAACUUAUGUUGGAGUAGGAAUGAUUUGCCCUCAUAUUGUAAAUGUAUCUCUUCUACUUGGAGGGAUUCUCUCUUGGGGAAUAGUGUGGCCACUGAUACAAACCAAGGAAGGGGAUUGGUUUCCAUCAGGCCUUAGCCACACCAGUCUUCAGGGGAUCCAAGGUUACAAGGUUUUCAUUGGAAUCGCAAUGAUUCUAGGAGAUGGAUUGUACAACUUUUUCAAGGUUCUCAUUGGAACCGUAGCCGGUUUAAUCACAAAAAUUCACGAAAGAGAUGCUAACAAGUACCUUCCUUCGGUUGACAAUCCCCCGCGCAAGCCUCCCUCUUUUGAUUACCAGCGCAGGACUCAGCUCUUCCUGAAAGAUCAGAUAUCAACAUGGUUCGCAAUCGCUGGUUAUGCUACGAUCGCUGCAAUCUCAACCAUAACGCUACCGCAUAUCUUCCAUCAACUCAGAUGGUACUACAUUGCAGUCAUCUACAUUUUCGCGCCAGUGUUAGCCUUCUGCAAUGCCUUUGGGUGUGGACUAACUGAUUGGUCACUCGCGUCGACUUAUGGAAAGCUAGCGAUAUUCACCAUUGGCGCGUGGGCGGGUGCUUCACAUGGCGGAAUACUUGCUGGUUUAGCAGCCUGUGGAGUCAUGAUGAACAUUGUUUCCACAGCAUCUGACCUAAUGCAGGAUUUUAAAACAGGUUACCUGACUCUGGCGUCGCCUCGCUCCAUGUUCGUGAGCCAAGUUAUCGGCACAGCAAUGGGAUGUCUAAUAUCCCCAUGUGUCUUUUGGAUAUUCUAUGAGGCAUUUCCUGAUCUAGGCAAACCUGAAAGUGCUUAUCCUGCUCCUUUUGCUACUGUCUACUAUAACAUGGCUAAACUAGGAGUCGAAGGCUUUUCGGCCCUUCCGGAAAACUGCCUCAAACUGUGCUAUGGGUUCUUCUCUGCUGCAGUCCUCAUGAACAUAAUAAGGGAUGCAGUUGGAAAACAACGUGGAAGGUUUAUUCCACUUCCAAUGGCAAUGGCGAUUCCAUUCUACUUGGGUUCUUAUUUCGCUAUCGAUAUGUGUGUUGGGAGCCUAAUCCUCUACAUCUGGCAACGGGUUAAUAGGGCCAAGGCUGAUGCUUUUGCUCCGGCUGUCGCUUCAGGUUUGAUUUGUGGUGAUGGAAUAUGGACAUUGCCUAGUUCAGUUCUAGCUCUGAUUGGGGUGAAACCUCCUAUUUGCAUGAAGUUCUUCUCAAGAAGCACAAACAAAAAGGUGGACUUAUUCCUGGGGAAUUAAGAAGACAACUCCAUAAGCUGCAAACUACCAAAUCAUUCGGGGAAGAUCUUGUAAAUUCUAACUUUCAUCCACUCUGUGUUGUAUCAACUUCUGCUUAUAAGUUACACCAAUGAUCAUCAAGAAUGUAUGUGUGUAAGACUAUCUAUCAAAAGGUACAUGUAUGUUUUCAUGAUUGUGUAGCUUUUUUAUUCCUCCUGAAAUAAGAAUCAUAGAACAUGUUUGUUGAUCAAAUUAAAGAUGAGACAACCCAACAUUAUUUAGGGUGAUGCAGAGGAUACAACAGUAGCAUAGAUCAUCACAACCAGACUAUGCAUAGUACUUUGGCAAACAUAAUCUUGCCCCUCAUCAUUGACAAAGAGAUGGAGAAGUAUAUUCCACUUCAAUCCAAAGCACAAAUUAUAAACUUUGAGGGUGGAUGAUAAUUGAUAAUGAUGGUGAGGAGUUAAAAAUUAGGACGAG